AUGGGCAAUUUCAGAGUCUGUAUCGUUGGCGGUGGUCUAGCAGGCUCACUACUAGCUAACGGACUUAUCAACAAUGGGGUCGACACAAUUGUAUUUGAGAGAGACGAAGAAAGUCUCAAGAGGGAUGGAUACCAGAUCCGUCUUGGUGACCCUGCAUUGAUAGGUCUGGCCUCGUGUCUGACUGAUUCACAGUUGGAAUCCAUCGUGCAAAGGCUCGGGAAAUAUUCUGGCUCUUCCAAGACAGCACCAAGUAUCUGCAACACCAGGUUCCAGACCAUUCUGGAUCUGUCGGCACUGCCGACCUAUUCCAAGUCAUCGGCUAUCAAUCGCGUUGUACUGCGUGACUUGCUUCUCGAGCCCGUCGUUGCCAAGGGGAAGGUCAAGUUCGGCAAGCAAUUCUCACAUUACGAGAUUGUCGAAAAUGGAUCUGAUGGAAAUGAAAGCGUCAAAGUUAACUUCAAAGACGGCUCGUCAGAGUAUGGUGAUAUUCUGAUCGCUGCAGAUGGCAGCGGAUCAAAGGUAAACAAACAAAUUGGGGCCAAGAAUCUUGUCGAUAUGAAAAGUCAUCUCGCUUUCCUCUCCAAGGGUAAUGCUACCAAAACACGUCUGCGCGAGCUGCCUCCUCGUCUUUUGAACGGGCCAGUUCUGGUGUUCAAGAAUGGCAUCUCUCUCUACUAUGCGCUUUACUUACCAGCCUCCCAACAGAAGGGCGGGUGUCAGACCCCAGAUGAUGAUUUCGACUUUGACGAGAACCAAGCUUCAUUCUAUUGGAGCUUAACUGUUCCUCGCGAGCUGUGUCCCUUCGAAGACACCAGUGAUAUUCCCGACAGGCGAGAGUUCUGUCUCGACAUAGUCCGCGAUUGGGCUCCAGAAUACCAUGUCAUGCUCUCCGCUGGAGCCAGUGGUGAAGAUAACAUCACCGCGACAAUGCUGCGGGCUAGUACCAAACUCUCCAAAGACUGGCGGCAUCGACUCCGUGCACAGAAUGGCAAUAACCCAGAAGAGGGCCACCCACGAAUAUGGCUCAACACAAGGGGAAUGGGCGGAAACCAAGCGAUGCGAGACGUUGCCGACAUGUUGCCUGAGUUGCUCGCACUGAAAAGGGCGGCCGAAGCAGGCCCACCGCUAAGCACUAAGGAGCUCGAGGCGAGGUGCAGCGCAUACGAGAAGAAGAUGAUUGACCGGUCUUUUGCUUGGGUCGCUAAGAGCGGCGGCACAAGCCAGCCAACCGUCGACCUCGAUGGAUUUCUAGGCUUUUCAAAGAUCUGA